AUGGCGCAGCCACCUGAGCGCCGUGGCUCUGGCGUGAAUCGUCUGGAGCACCCUACUCAAAUUCCUGAUCCAGAGGGCCACCCUAUUAUCCCCCCAUUACGGAACUUUGCACCAGCCAUCUUCCGUCCUAUAUCUUACGACGAGCCUCUGAGCGACAUCACAUCGGUCACUAGACUUGACCAUCUGAAAGCACAGCUCAAGAGUAUCGAUGACCAUGCUCAAAGCUCCAGAAAAAACUUUGUCGCGCUGUGCAUCCGCGAGCGCGAGCGCAUCUUACAAGAGGGGCGGCGCUGUGAAGUACUCGACAAGCAAGAAGACACUGUCUCGCCAGAUGUUCCACUCGGCGUUGAGUCUGAUACGCUGGACAGCAUGAUCUCAAAUAUGGAGGCCAAGCCGCAGCGGUCGGCUCGCCACGCGAACACCCGAGAUCUACCUAUCCCAUUGUUUAAUAAGCAUUAUCGAUCGCUGCGCGAGUGUCAGGCUUCUAAAAUGAUGGGCUUUGUUUCGCACUCUACCUUGGAAGCUCGAAAUCGUGAUAGGACUUUGCGGAGACAUCGCGACACUGUCGAGCGGAACAUCAGAGAACAUCAGCGCAGAGCCGAUUAG